UUUUUUUUAUGUGAGAUUUGAGCCCUUAUUCUCUUGAAUGUUGUUGAAAUGAGGAAAUUGAUGAAGUUCUAUAUUUCAAAAGAUCCUUUUUCUUUCCUUUUGAUUUUGGUCGUUGAAAACGAAUUUAUUUACCUUAAUUUGGUCGAGCCUUCCCCAAUCGCACGAUGUCGGCAGAGAAGGAAACCAGAAAAGCAGGCUAUUGUUGGCCACGACUCGCCGCCGCCGGAGGAAAGUCUCUUCGAUUUUCUGCUCAGGGAGGCAGGGACGAAGCCUUUAGAUGGAUCGAACUCUCCCUACGCCAACAACUAGAGUUUAGCCAUUUGCUAUCUGUAGACAUGUAUAGUAAUCUUGGAAAUCAGGCUGGGGUCCAAGGCCCUGCAGUUAAUCCUCAGCCUAAUCCUUUUGGCAAUGCAUUCAAUGGAGCUGGUUCAGGACUUAUUCGAGGUGGUCUAGGGGCAUAUGGAGAGAAGUUUCUGGGCUCAAGUUCUGAAUUCAUGCAAAGCAAUAUUAGCAGGUAUUUCUCGAACCCGCAGUAUUAUUUUCAAGUAAACGACCAAUAUGUGAGAAACAAGCUGAAGGUCAUUUUGUUUCCAUUACUACACAGGGGCCACUGGACUAGGAUUACUGAGCCAGUCGGAGGCAGGCUGUCUUACAAACCACCAAUUUAUGACAUCAAUGCACCAGAUCUUUACAUCCCAUUUAUGGCGUUUGGCACCUACAUUAUUCUAGCUGGCUUCACGUUUGGUCUUCUAGGAAAAUUUAGUCCAGAGGCAUUGAGCAUACAGUUCACAAGGGGACUUGCCGGCUGGUUCUUGCAGGUUUUACUAUUGAAGGGUUUGUUAUAUUCAUUAGGGAGUGGAGAAGCACCGUUGCUUGAUAUUGUGGCUUACGGAGGGUACGCUUUCACAGGCCUGGCCUUGACUAUGUUGGCUAGGCUCUGCUGGAGCUCCUCCUAUUACUUUCUGAUGCCAUUGACGAGUCUAUGUAUGGGGGUGUUCUUGGUGAAGACCAUGAAAAGGGUGCUUUUUGCAGAGAUGAGCCGUCACGAGAAGCAUUCGAGCCGGCAGCACUAUAUUCUUCUCGUUAUGGCGAUUGCUCAAUUCCCUCUCUUCUUCUGGCUCGGCAAAGUUAGAGCAUGAGAAAGGUUAUGUGAUAGUUAUUGCAUUGGGUUACCAUUCAGAUGAAUGCAGAGGUCUCAAAGGCAGAUUUUCCUAUCUUCUUCACCAAUUAAAUUGCUUAUCUUCAAGAACGGUAUUUAUUUAGUUGUGGGAGAUGGUAUUUAGUUGUUUGUGCAUUAACCCGACCCAAAUGCCUCCAAACGCAUUGUUAGAAUGCCGCUUUUUUUUUGUGUUUUUUUCCCUUAAAUACCCCCUUCAAUUUGAUUUAUUCUCUCUA